ACGAUUAAUAUCGAGUAUUGUCUAUCGUAUUGUAAAUCGAACAAAUGUCUAUCAUUCGAUUAGACUGGACUGUAUUUUGAAGUCUGAACAAGUUGACAAUUGCAAAUUAUGUCUUCGAUGUUUCGCAACCUCUUAUAAUAGCUCCUUCGUGAUCAAUCAGACGGAAGUAGCUUUUAUGCAUUAUGUCAUUCUGGAAGUAUCUCUAGUUUGUAAAUCGAUAGCUAUUAGAAAAUAUUACUCCAUAGAAAUACAAUAUUUUUAGUUAUAUAAUUAAUUGAAAAAUUACAUACGAAAGGAUUUGGAACUAAUUACAAAAUUAGAUAAAAGAACUGUGAUCCUUUGUUUUAUCCUUUUAUCCUUUAUGGUUACAACCAUGUGUGAUAAAAUGUGUGUUAAAAAGCGAUAAAAACUAACCUGUAACAGGAGUAUUGGUGUUCUUCAAUUGAAGAUUGUAUUUGAACGGAAUUUGUAUUUUUAAAAGGUGAAAGGUUCGAAAGUAUGGGAAUUACUGGAAUAAUCCAUUAUGGUUCAAUGAAUUCGAUAGUGACCUAAUGAUAAUGGGCCUAAUAUAAGCAAGCACACCGUAUUCGAUUACGCCUCAUUAUGGGCAUCUAUCGAUCUUCUUUAUUCCUGUCACGUCCGCUGCACAGAUGUACCCACUUUCGAUGGCUCUGAAUACCAAAUGAAUUCCGUCAUAUCGAAUCGUAAGAUCACCCACACGAUCUACGUUCUAUGUGCGUGCGUUUGUUUUACGAAAUCGGUCCGUUGUAAGUUUUUUGUCAAACAAUGAUCGAAUCACGAAACAACUUCAUUUCUACGAAGAUUUGUUGCCACUCGUAAUACGGUAGAACUGGUAUUUAUCAGACUCGAUACGAGUUUGUUGCAAGCAGUCCGUUACAGAGGAUGACAUAGGAUUUAAUGGUAUUUUAGGAUACUUCGGUAGUUAAUUUAUUUUAGUUAAUCGGAUUUUGGAAAUUUCAGUUUCCUGGAAUUUUCUAGAUUUUAGAAUCAUCGAAAGAUUCUCGGAAUCGUCUAGGUUCUGAGGAUAUCGAGGACUUCAGAAGAAUUUAAAGAUGGUGAGUCUCAAGGACUUUCAAGAGUUUAGAAUGUUCCUAUAGUAUGUAUAGUAUGUGUAUUAAUACGCGUAUUAGGAAUUCGAGGCCAGAAAUUCAGCACCUAACAGAAAGAUUCAAGAAUCAAAAUCCAUGAGCAAAAUUCUUGGUUCUGCCUUUUGAACUCCAGACCUUUAUUUUUCAGUCCGAUGUGGAAUCGAAGCUGCGAACGCUCCUCAAAGAUGGAGCAAGCACUUUCAUGGACUUUGAAUGGCUACAACCAGAAUUACCGUGGUUCUUCGACGAAGAAAAGUUUCGCCUCGGACAGCAGAUGUUUUAUAACAACGCUUUCACCAUGAUGAUUGCCAAACUAUGUGGAUUAUUAUCUUUAUUCGCUGUACCGUCGAUCAAGGACGUUUUAAUAUUCACCAGACGGAGUGGUACACCGUGUGCUGCCUUUCGCAGAUACGUAUCCACCAUUCUACAUAAUUGGGUUUGGUAUGGGAAAAGAGCUGGCAUAGAAAAAGAAUUUCUCGAAUCGCUGAAAAUCGUACGGAAAAAACACUGCGUAGCGUUUCGAAGAAGUUCAGAGGCGGGGCUGAACAGAGUCUCGCAACUGGAUAUGGCAUUGGCUCAAUUUGGAUUCAUGGGUUUCACCCUCCUGGCUGGUGACUAUCUUGGGGUGAAUAACAGUUCCGAGGAACUGGAAGGACUGAUUCACUUCUGGCGAGUUAUUGGCAACAUGCUGGGCAUGGAAGACAAGUACAAUCUUUGCACCGGAAGCGUGGAAGAGACACGGGCUCUUUGCAGACGACUUCUGGACGAGGUUUUCCUCCCCUCACUCGCCAGUGGUAGCAAAGAUUUCGAAGAGAUGAGUCGUAUUUUAAUAGAAUCCCUAUGGCCGGUGAAUCCUUAUAUGGAUUCGAGUGCUUUCAUUGAAUUCACAUUCAUUCUAGCCUCCACUGCCGCCACGAAUAAUAAUCACUCGUUAAAAAUAGAUUCAUCAAGGAUGUCGUGGUACGGUAGAUUUAUCUUGAAUGUUCAACUAAUUACACACAAAUACCUAUUACCAACUACGUAUUGGUGGUCCAGAUUCUUCAGGGCGUUCUUCAACAGCCAAAUGCGGUUGGCCAUCUAUUUAACGGAAAAUUUACCGUUUCUGGCGUUCUGGAGUUAUGGUAUAAAACACUCUUACGUCAAUAUAUACAAAUACCGCGUCAUCUGACCUUAAAUGUGGUAAUUGUCUUAUAAAAUAAUCAAAGAGUAACGAUUACCUUUUUCGUCGAAAGUGUACAUAAUCUGACGUAAAAUGAUUCUACAAACGUAUAAUGUAUUCUUAAUAACUUAUAAUCAUUGCAGUAUAUGUAUUUAGGAUAUGCUUUGCAGUAUUUUUAGACUCGUAACAUGUUCGCAAGCUCUACUGCGAUUCUCGGAUUUUUAUGUUUUCGUUUUAUUCUUUUUUUU